AUGGGUGUAGCCAAUUCUCUUCACGACACUAUCCGAGACGCGCCUCUGGGACAGAUUCUCCGAUUCGUUACCAACAAUCGCCUCUUCAAAUAUCCAGAAGAACAUCCAGAGUUUGAGCUACCAGCUGCUUGGAAUCAAUUACUCAGUAACGCCGAUCUCGGAUACGCAUGCCAUACUGGGACGGAGACCCCCUCGACCAUCGUCAAUCCAACAUCCGAUCAGAAUACCAUUGAAGGCCUAGAUAUCGAGAGCAAAGCGCUCGACACUGAUGGGAUUACUGAUGCCGCGCCAAAUGCUACCGAGAACGGGGUCAUUCUAGUUGACUGGUACUCAGACCAAGAUCCCGCCAACCCCCAGAACUGGUCGAACCUUCGUCGUGCCCUCGUUGGCUUGAUCAUUUGUUUCUACACUUUUGUUGUAUAUCUAAGUUCAGCGAUAUACUCACCCUCAACAGAGGGCGUCAUGGAGAGAUUUGGAGUCAGCAACCUUGAAGCAACGCUCGGUCUUGCUAUGUACGUUCUGGGAUACGGCAUAGGUCCAUUGCUAUUCUCUCCUCUCGGGGAAAUCCCUCGUAUCGGUCGCAAUCCUGUCUACAUCGUCACUUUCGGGAUUUUUGUUAUUAUCUCCAUUCCAACCGCUUUGGUUGAUUCAUUCGCGGGACUCAUCGUCUUGCGGUUUCUGCAAGGAUUCUUCGGGUCUCCAUGUUUGGCCUCAGGUGGUGCGUCAUUGGGUGAUAUGUAUGGUAUGGUACAUAUGCCUCUCGCUAUGAUUGCUUGGGUUGGUGCUAUGUCUUGUGGCCCAUCCCUUGGCCCAUUGAUCAGUGCGUACGCCGUUACAGCAAAGGGGUGGCGUUGGUCUUUGUAUGAGUCAAUUUGGGUCUCAGCGCCGGUACUGAUCGCUCUUUUUGUUUGCAUGCCGGAAACAAGCGCCUCUAACAUCCUCCUUCGACGAGCCCAAAGGUUGCGCCGGUCUGCGGGCAGUCAGAGGCUUCAGUCUCAGAGCGAGAUUGACCAGGCACAUCUUACAGUCUCGGGCAUAGCUGUAGACGCUUUGAUCAAGCCCCUGGAGAUCACCAUCAAAGACCCAGCCGUCCUAUUUGUACAGAUAUAUUCGGCCAUUCUCUAUGCCAUAUACUACUCAUACUUUGAGGUCUUCCCAUUAGUCUUUCCUGUCUAUUAUGACAUGUCUACUGGAGAGGUUGGCCUUGUUUUCAUCUGCAUCGCCGUUGGGUGCAUCUUGGCUAUCAUUCUAUACGGCUUAUAUCUAUAUUACGUGCUCAUACCACGAAUGAAGAAGUCUGGCAUCGCCCAACAAGAGGAGGUACUCUCGCCUGGACUUGCAGCCUGCUUUGGCCCGACUAUUGGCCUUUUCAUAUUUGCAUGGACGGCUAGGGUUUCCAUACACUGGAUUGUGCCCAUCAUUGGAGUCACGAUCUAUGCUGGUUCAAUCUUCACUGUGCUACAGGUAGUAUUCCUUUAUAUCCCCAUGACCUACCCUCAAUAUGCUGCUUCGCUGUUCGCAGCCAACGACUUCUUUAGAAGUGCCUUAGCCAGCGGCAGUAUUCUAUUCGCUCAUCCACUUUACAAGAAUCUCGGCUUUGCAAAGGGAACAAGCCUUCUUGGUGGUCUAAGCGUCAUUGGCAUCUUUGGCAUGUGGGUGUUGUUCUUUUACGGUGCUAAGCUACGAGCCCUCAGCAAGUUCGCUACGUAA